AUGGCGCACGUGUGUUCAACGUCUGGUUACAAGGGUGAUCUAGGCAGCAAAAUCUAUGGCUCAGCAGAUGUAGUAGCCGACCCUCUAACAGCCAAACAGAAGGUCAUCAUUGGCUUGAACGGACUCACAGACGAGGACAGGGAUACCGCUGCGAACGAGCACUUCAAGGGGUACCUACAAUGGACCGAUGUCAUCCGCUCAAAACUGGUGGAUCACGUGUCAGAGAAUCUGUCGAGCUAUCCCAAACUCCGCAUCAAGUACAAGCAAUGGGAGAACAGACCCGAGAUGCUGCGCGAGAUGCUGGACGGAGCAUCUUCCAAAUGCAUCAAGUACAAGAAGGAUGAGCAGGGUGACAAUAUCGAGGAGAGCGCCUACGGACAGAUGGACAAGAAGAUGUUCUACAAGCAGAAGGAUGGCAACGAUAAGGCACCUCGUUUGACUACUGAGUUCGACAAGGAGGUGUAUGAGAACAUGCGUGGUAUCCGCUUGAACCUGCCUCACUACAACAUUGAGGGCGAGAAGAUGGAUCUGGAGACGACUGAGUUGCAUAGAAACGAUGUGGUCUCUGUCGAGGUGCAGAUCACUUCAUCUAUGUACGAAACUUUCUUUGGCCUCAAGAACAAUCUGAGAAGCGUCACAGUCUUGCACAAGUUCCAACGAAAGGGUAAUAACUCAACCUUCAAGAAGCAAAAGUCGCCAUUUGGAAACUUGUCCGCGAUCUAA